GAUUGAAGUAGAUUGGUUUUAUGUUGUUAUAACCGUUGCACACAGAUAAGGUAUCUUAUGGGAGUUUUUCUCCUCGCGACGACGUUUCAUCAUCGACUUGUUGUAAAUCCUUACCCUCUCACUUGAUAGUUUAGACUUGAGCUUAUUUUCGUGCUGACUUUGUUUGUGUCUCUUUUUCGCCCUAGUAUUUUCAAGUACUUAUAUUGAUUUGAUGUAUAGGACAUCAACAUCCCUGUAUCAACAUCAACAUUUUGACUAAGUCACCACCUACAACGAGAAAAUGAUGGACGACAUGAGUGUCUAUGACGAGGACACGAAUGGUGUGGAUUCACCGAUGGAGGUUGAAUAUGUUGGCGACGACACACCUCCUGGUACUUUGUCAAACAGGUCGUGUGAGGUCGACGUCGUAGCAGACUGUUCACCUGCAGUCCAGUGUGGAUGGCACUCUGACGCACUUGGUAGUGCCAUGGUCUACGCAAAAAGCGUUCAAGUAGCGGCGAAGGUAACGGGGAGUUUGUUUUACUGGAAUCCAACGGUGAACAAUUUUUCUAACGCUACUUCUGGAGGUGUUAGUGGUCGCGAUGCUGGGAGUGCAGUGGGUACUGACGGUAUAGUAGGUGGCGGAGCUGGAGCUACUGCUGCUGUUAGUGGACGAGGUGAGCUGUCGUGUCCAGGACAUAAUUUCCUAGACAUCACAGUCGAUCCGUUACCACGUUAUCCGCAAAAUACGCAUAUUGGUAGCACUAGUGCAAUGCUGGGAGACCCGGAGGUACUGCAAGGCUCGUCCACGUCUCUCUACGUUAACAACGGUUUAUCAGUAAAAAACAAGACAUCCAGUACUAGUAAGUUGCGUAAAGUGCUUACCUCAGACGACGAAAUAGCUGCCAGAAGCUGCAGUGACGGCGUGCUAUCGCCGACGACAACGGCUAAGUCGCCUACGGAGGGUUACGGCGAUGACGACAGCGACUCCGAAGGAAACACAAACACUUACCUCGUAGCGGAUGGAGAACAGUCUUCUAAAAAACGAGUUCGAAAUGCAGGCGAAUUUUCGUGGGAUUCUGACCGCAUAGGCCAGUUUCUACUGAAUAGCGGCGUUGGAUUAGAGGCUCCGGAAGGGCACGAAACCGAAGCUGGUCAUGCCCACUUAGCAGACCAACUAGCAAGACUUUUCCGUUGCGGUCCGUAUAGUAGUGACCCAGGUGUAGCGCCAGUUAUUUCUUGUAGCAAUACUGGAGAGCAAAAUGAUCCAUUUGUAGCGCCUCAUGAACAACCAGUUAGCGGAAGCGUUCUGCGCAUGGCAGUAGUAGAAAAAAAUAGGGUUUGGUGGAGAUUUCACGUAUCAGUUGUGGUUAUCAAUUACGCAGCUGAAGAUUACGGUCUAGUCGCAGAAUUAGCUUCUUAUGCAGUCUUGCGUGCACUGCUGAAUGUAGAACUGCCAAGUCUGAAGAAAGACGCGAAAGGUACCUUCUGCUACUUUUUUAUGAUUUCUAGGGGUGGAGUGUUGAAAUGUAUCUGCUGCUACUUGUGCUACAACGAGUUCGAAAUAAACGAUUUCUCUUUGCGAUCAACAACAUCUAGACGAGCGUUGUCACCAUUAAAUUUUCAAUUUCAACGUCAACAACAGCAUCCACAUUCUUAAGCAAAAAAACUCCCCUCCCACCACAGCCGGCGAUUGGUUUGCGCUUGUCGGCGACGCGGUUGAGUCUAGUUCCAGUCGUGACUCAGUCAUGGAGAGUCGCCGCUUAGAAUUAGCAGCCUUCCCGUUUUACACUAGCACUGACACUCCAGAGGGACGCUUGAACCUUGGUUUUUUAGCGCAUCCUAACAUCACAACAAUGGCUGACGCAGACCACGACGACGAAAAGACUAAGCAACUGGGGAGUACGAGAUCGUUUGCGACCAGCGACGUAGUUAGCAGGUCAUCCGGUUGGAAAUCCGCGAAGAGACGAGAGGCAGCAAAAGCAGAGUUGCGAGCUCGGGUCAUGGAGAGCUAUGGCAAUAGCGUGGUCGAAAUGUUCAGGGGACGAUGAAAUUCACAGUCUUCAUGAAGAUGAGUGUUUCUCCGAUGGAUACAGGACGGGGGUCUUCAGAAAUAGUACAACAACCACGUGCUACUAUUUCGUUUUCGAACCUUGUUGUCUCACAGCUCUUGGUGUAAUUUGCCCUUGUGGAAGAUGAUUUUUUCUAUCAUACAGUGUUGCACUCGUAUGAAGAUGUCUUCAGACAGUGUCAAUUAUUGAAACAAUCAAAAUUUAACCUCCUAUGAUAUGAUGUAUCAGAUUUAGCCAUCCUUUCGGCAAUGAAUUGUGCCCUUCAACGAAGACUGUUUUUUCGUGCUCACGACUAUAGUAACUACACUGAGAACGACAAGAGGAGGUGUGUCCAAACGAUUCAUCUUAGAAAAACAGUUCAAAAAAACAAAAAACGCGAAAUAAAAAAAGACGUAGAACGGCCCUUCCUUACAAUUUCAUCGAUGAGGAGGAGCUUUUAUUGUCGUGAAGACUGCAUUGAAUG